AGACACUGCCUGAGGCUACGGACUUAGGUGUGCCUCUUUGGAGUGCUUUCUCUGGUGCUUUUUCUUUCUCUGCUCUGUGGGUGCUGAGCAUUUUGUGCUGGAAGGGAGUGUGAGUGUGUAAGCGCAUGCAAAGGAGCAUGAGCAAGAAACAGAGUGAGUGAUGACGGCUGAAGCGAUGCUUUCAGCUCCCUUCUGCAUGAUUUAUUGUGGAGGUUCCUGGAGCUGAAUGGAGAAAGAGAGACGCGUGCAUGUACUUUUGGGAAAGUGAAAAAAAAAACAGAAUGAGUGAAGUCUAGCGGAGUUCAAAUAGCAAUGUCUAACAAGAGUCAGAUGACUCCGAUUAGACAGAGAAGGUAGAAAGGGGUUGGAGAAGGGAGGUUGUGUUUACAGAGUACAGAGAGAGAAGUGUUUCUUUUUCUCUCAGGAAGCAGGUGUGACUGCGCUGACGAAGCCUCCUCUUAGUGUGUCCGUAGCACUCAGCGCACACAGAAACCGAGAGAGACAGAGCACUAUUCACUGGACUGAAUUUCAGCCUGCAUGGCAUAAUUUUCACAGAAAAAAAGAAAAAACAAAUCCGUGAGGACGACACAGAGACUCCGAAAAGAAACUGUACCAGCUCCGUCAGCCGCAUCCAUCAACAUGUCAUCAAACGAGCUGAGUGCUCCAGACCCAGAGCCCUGCAUCCGCACCUUCAAGGAGCACAUGCGUCUGGAACUGGAACCACCCAGACUCACCACGUCUCCGAAAGUGUCCCCACGCAGCUCCCCGCGUCUCUUCCGCAGACUCAUGGUCAACAAGGGUGGUCGCCACCGACGACGUUUCACUGUCGCACACACUUGUUCCUCUCACACAGUCGACCUGUACAUCGGGCAGCAAGACGUCGCCAAUCAUUCCGGUUUUGAGUCUAGUCGCCUGCAUCUUCCCAGUUUCGAUGUGGAAAAUGGACCCUCUGCAGGAUGCAGUCCUCUGGAUCCACAUGCCUCCCCGGGAUCGGGGCUCAUCCUGCACCCCAACUUCUCCCAAACCGGACACAACCAGCGGCGAGAGUCCUUCCUGUACCGCUCAGACAGCGACUACGACCUCUCGCCCAAAUCCAUGUCCCGCAACUCCUCUGUCACCUCAGAGCUGCAUGGGGAUGACCUAAUCGUCACACCUUUCGCUCAGGUUCUGGCUAGCCUUCGAAGUGUCAGGAAUAAUUUCACCGUGCUGACUAAUGUACAGUGUACGUCAAACAAACACAAUGGCAUUAGUCUGCAUGAACCUACAGCAGCUGUCGGCCCUCGAACAAGCUGCAGUGUGUUUGCUGAAACACAAGAGGGCAGCGUGAGCACAGCAUGGAGCUGCACUCAGCAACAAAGUGCACUGACCCAGAGAUCACCGGCGACCACACAGCCCUCCCUCACCAGAGUCUGCCUGUCUGACGAGUCGUACCAGAAGCUGGCCGUGGAGACCAUGGAGGAGCUGGACUGGUGCCUGGAUCAGCUCGAGACCAUCCAGACCUACAGGUCCGUCAGUGACAUGGCCUCCAACAAGUUCAAGAGAAUGCUGAACAGGGAGCUGACGCACCUUUCUGAGAUGAGCAGAUCUGGCAACCAGGUGUCAGAGUUCAUCUCCAACACUUUCCUAGACAAACAGAAUGAGGUUGAGAUUCCACCACCCACACCAAAGGCCCGGGAGAAGAAAAAGAAGCAGCAGCAGCAGCUGAUGACUCAGAUCAGCGGCGUGAAGAAGGUGUCUCACGGGCCCAGCCUCAACAGCGGCAUCACCCGCUUUGGUGUCAAAACCGACAAGGAAGAGCUGCUGUCCAAGGAACUAGAAGAUCUGAACAAGUGGGGCCUGAAUAUCUUUACCGUGUCUGAAUAUUCCAACAAUCGUCCUCUAACGUGCAUCAUGUAUGCCAUCUUCCAGGAACGAGACUUGCUCAAGACUUUUAAGAUCCCGACAGACACGUUUGUGACGUAUAUGAUGACGCUGGAGGAUCACUACCACUCGGAUGUAGCCUACCACAACAGUCUUCAUGCUGCUGACGUGGCCCAGUCCACGCAUAUUCUCCUCUCCACACCUGCACUAGAUGCUGUCUUUACUGAUCUGGAGAUCCUGGCUGCCAUUUUUGCAGCAGCCAUCCAUGAUGUGGAUCAUCCAGGUGUCUCCAACCAGUUCCUCAUCAACACAAACUCUGAGCUGGCUCUCAUGUACAAUGAUGAGUCAGUGCUAGAGAACCACCACCUCGCUGUAGGCUUCAAGCUCCUUCAGGAGGAGAACUGUGAUAUCUUCCAGAACCUCACCAAGAAACAGAGGCAAUCGCUCAGGAAGAUGGUCAUCGACAUGGUACUUGCCACAGAUAUGUCUAAACAUAUGAGCUUAUUAGCUGAUCUGAAGACGAUGGUGGAGACAAAGAAAGUUACCAGUUCAGGGGUGCUGCUUCUGGACAACUACACAGACCGGAUACAGGUUCUUCGAAAUAUGGUGCACUGCGCUGACCUGAGCAACCCCACCAAGUCUCUGGAGCUGUACCGCCAGUGGACGGACCGCAUCAUGGAGGAGUUCUUCCACCAGGGAGACCGGGAAAGAGAGCGUGGCAUGGAGAUCAGCCCCAUGUGCGACAAACACACAGCUUCCGUGGAAAAAUCACAGGUUGGUUUUAUUGACUAUAUUGUCCAUCCACUAUGGGAGACCUGGGCUGACCUGGUCCACCCUGAUGCGCAGGACAUCCUGGACACACUGGAGGACAAUCGGAACUGGUACCAGAGCAUGAUUCCUCAGAGUCCAUCUCCACCCUUCUACCAACCCGAAAAAGAGGGACAUGGUGGAGGACCAGUGGCUGACAAGUUCCAGUUCGAGCUCACCCUGGAGGAAGAGGACUCAGAAGGCACAGAAAAAGAUGAACAGAGUCAGGUAGAUGAAGAGGAAGAGGAGGAUGAAGAGGAAGAUCGAGAGGAGGAGAUGGAGCCGGCGACCACACACAUCCAGAUCGUAACUGAAGACGCCUCACCAGUGGAUACAUAGGACCUCAUAGCCCUUUUUAAUGGCUAGUAAUCUUUUUUUCCCUCGCAAUCUGGCAGUUGAUGCUUUUUAACAAAGCCCAGAGAGAGUGUUUUUUUGGCCCUCAUGGGAGGAGCAUGACUGGCCCUCCUUGCACUUAAGUGUGGAGCCAGUUGGGUUGGAGCUCUCAGGAAAUAAAUGCUGCAGACAUUUUUUUGGAGCUGAAUGACUGAAAGGUGACUCUGAGAUACAUGAACGAUUGGGGCCAAGCACAGACUUGUGUUUGUCUAGUAGGCGAACAUUUGUGGAGUUGACACUACUGAGAGAUCUUUUUUGUACCAAGUGACUUUUUUUCUAAAGCUAUCGGGAUAAGUCGGGGUAGCAUACGAACUACUGAUGAACAAGUAUUUGUAAAGAAAGAAACUGUUUACUUUUCUGUACCAUUUGUCUAAAGACUUUGUGUGCCUUUUUACUAUUGUCUUUUUAAUGGUCUUUUUUAUUUAUUGAACACUUUAGUAUAACUGUACAUGGGAAGUGUUUUGUUGUUUUGUUGUUUUUUUUUCUAAAGGCAAACCAGACAGCUUACAUGCAGAGUCGUUUUCUAUAAACCGAAGAGAAAACUCAGUGUCUUCCUUUAUAUUUGGCAAUAGAACGAAAUAAUCCAAAUGUCUGAAAUGUAUAUUCCAGUCAAAGAUGCACUUUGUCAUUUUUUUGAUACUCGUCCAGUUCUUUAGGGCUUGUUUCGUUGUGAAUUUGCUAUGAGCUCGUUUUGUAUAUACACACAAUUCACAAUAAGCAUUUGAAGCAUAAUGACAAUUUGAAAUUUGGUCAAUCUCUAAAGCCAAUGCACUUAGACAAAGAUUACAGAUUAUUCUAAAUAUAUUGAUUGGAUAUAAGCAAACUGAAGAUAUAUUCAGUUCAUAAAUUCGGUGGAGAAUUUCCUUUUUCUCGCUAGAACUUCCCCCAAGAUCUUUCUAGAAAACAAGGUAAAAAAAAAAAAAAAGUCCUUCAGCUUCCAUUCAUUAACGUCAGUUCUCACAGAAAGCAUUUCUCAAUGAUUUUUUUUUUCCCAGAAUGCAUUUCUCACCAAAUACAUUUUUGUGGGUAAUGCGGUCAUGAUUUAAUUUGUGAAUCUCAUUUAGGGAAAAAAAGAUAAUUAAAAAAAAAAACAGUUCUAGCUUUAAAUAUUUGAAUCCAAAUACAAUUUAAAGCAUAAAGCUACUUUACACCUGCAUUAGCCCAUUCAAUUAGACCACAUUAUACAUGUUAUUGUCCUGUUUGUCACCAGUAGACGAUGUUUUAUGGCCAAAGUAGUGUGUGUGUGUGUGUGUGUGUGUGCGCAUGCACUUCUUUCUCUUCUAUCAUCUACACAUGCUUUUUUUAUUACACACCUCCUCUGUUUGGUUUGUUUGUUUGUUUGUUUGUUUGUUUGUUUGUUUGUUUGUUUGUUUAUAUUAGCUGAAGUCGGUCCUUUGCUGUUUAUAACAGUGUAUUUAUUACCUUUGUAAAUACGGAAUGAUGUUUCUUUGUAAAUUUAUUUUUAAUUUAUAUGCACUUGCAUUACCGAAAUUUGGUGGUGUUUUUUUGUGUAGUGGGCUCUUGGAUUGAGUCUGUUAUAUUUUGUAAUAUUGUUUUUAUUUUUUGGUUUGUUUGUUUGUUUGUUUGUUUUAAAUAUUGCUGAAUAAAUAUAUAUAAAUCUAUAUUAUACUAUAUAUGCUAUAUAAAUAUAUCGCACAAUAUACAACUGCCCAGAAAAGUAGCUUAAAGACACACAACCCAUUGGUUACCGGGAGAGCCUGUAGAUAAGACACACAAACAUACUGUAGACAUCCGUCAGGCAUUAGAAGCUUUAUGUAUCACUGUUUGGUGCAACGUUGAAAAUUUGAUACCACGAGAUCACAGACAAAGCGUCACUCGGCUCGAAACCUCUGCAGAAUUUUGAAUGCAGAUUGCUAAGAAUGGCUCAGAAAUAUUUAUACGAUGCUGGACUCUUAUACCACACGUAUUGGUCACAAAUAUCACAAUCUCUGAACACCAAUGUGAAAUUGAUAUGAAUUACCAAAAGAAAAUAAAUAAAUGUGAUCAUCUGUAAUUAUUUGUGCAAAUGUGAACUAUUUUUUCUGACCUUGUUAGCAGUUUUGAAAUUCAAUUUGUCAGUAUAACUUUGUUAAUCUAUGUUUUAAGAUCUUUUGGUCCAAUUCGUGUCCAAAAGGAUUAGUCAGAGUUAGUAAUAUCUGCAUGAGGGAUGGGUUUUUCGUCUAGUAAUCCCACAUUGUUGCAGGUGAAUAUUUAAUGUUUCACACAAUGUAUGGUAUAAUAUUGUAUAUUGUGUUCAAUAAAAUCUAAAACUACUUUUAUAUGAAGUGAUUAAAAAUGACGCAUGAAUAUAUAUAUAUAUA